GGUGGUGGUGAUGGUGAUGUCAUCGCUCGGGGCGACGGGGCUGUGGAUUCUGGGAGACUUCGAUCCACCAGCCAUUUUCAGCUUCCUGCCGUCAUCCGUAAACACAAGCCGGACAGACGCGAGGCGAGGCACAGGAACCGCGGCAGAGCACACACUCAGUCUCUCAACACAGAAACGCAGGAAAGAUGGACGGCAGCAAGCCGGAUCGCCACGCUCGUCCUGCCCUCUCUCACUGAUAACAAACCGAUAAACAUCGGGGGAAAAAAAGCUCUGCCGGGCCGAUCUGAAAAGAACAUUGACUUAAUUCCUAACAAGGCUCGAUCCUAUUAGCUAGCCCAGCCACGCUAGCGUAAUUGGCUACAAUGUUUCGUUGGGAAUUCGCACGCGUUACGAGCGAGCAAAAAUAAAGGGAUCGAACAACGCUUUUUUGUUUUGCUUUCAAAAACCUGACCGGGCAGUGCCAAACUAGAUUGCGAGAAAGCGCCUUGAACUGCAAACGAAGACAUUUUGGGCCAGCGGUGGGAGAAAAGUGUGAGAGUGUGUUGGCGAUGUCCACCAUGGUGUACCCACGCGAGGAGUCUCUGGAGAGGCUGAGCCAGGAUGAGAUUGUCCUCAACACCAAGGCCGUGAUGCAGGGCCUGGAGACUCUCCGCGGAGAGCAUGCCCAGCUCCUCACCUCCCUGCUGGACUGCGCGCCACCCGUAGCCCAGGAGAAGUCGGGCCUGCUUCGCAAGAGCCUGGAGGCCAUUGAGCUGGGGCUUGGCGAGGCACAGGUGAUCAUCGCGCUGUCGAGCCACCUGAGCGCGGUGGAGUCGGAGAAGCAGAAGCUGCGGGCGCAGGUGCGCCGGCUGUGCCAGGAGAACCAGUGGCUGCGGGACGAGCUGGCGGCCACGCAGCAGAAGCUGCAGAAGAGCGAGCAGAGCGUGGCCCAGCUGGAGGAGGAGAAGAAGCACCUGGAGUUCAUGAACCAGAUCAAGAAGUUCGACGACGACGUCUCGCCCUCCGACGAGAAGGCCAGCGAGGCCACCAAAGACAGCCUGGACGACCUCUUCCCCAACGACGACGACCACGGACCAGCCCAGCCCAGCGGGGAGGCGGCUGCCCAGCAGGGUGGGUAUGAGAUCCCGGCCCGCCUGCGGACCUUGCACAACCUGGUGAUCCAGUACGCCUCUCAGGGCAGGUACGAGGUGGCCGUGCCCCUGUGCAAGCAGGCCCUGGAGGACCUGGAGAAGACCUCCGGCCACGACCACCCCGACGUGGCCACCAUGCUCAACAUCCUGGCACUCGUCUACAGGGAUCAGAAUAAGUACAAAGAAGCUGCCCACCUCCUGAACGACGCCCUGGCCAUCCGGGAGAAGACCCUGGGGAAGGACCACCCGGCGGUGGCCGCCACCCUCAACAACCUGGCCGUGCUCUACGGCAAGAGGGGCAAGUACAAGGAGGCGGAGCCCCUGUGCAAGAGGGCCCUGGAGAUCCGGGAGAAGGUGCUGGGGAAGUUCCACCCGGACGUGGCCAAGCAGCUCAACAACCUGGCGCUGCUCUGCCAGAACCAGGGCAAGUACGACGAGGUGGAGUACUACUACCGGCGCGCCCUGGAGAUCUACGAGUCCAAGCUGGGUGCCGACGACCCCAACGUGGCCAAGACAAAGAACAACCUGGCCACAUGCUAUCUCAAACAGGGGAAGUUCAAAGAUGCUGAGUCACUCUACAAGGAGAUUCUGACCCGGGCCCACGAGAAGGAGUUUGGAUCGGUCAACAACGACAACAAGCCUAUUUGGAUGCAUGCAGAGGAGAGAGAAGAGAGCAAGGGGAAGCGCAGGGAUGCAGGUCCCUAUGGAGAGUACGGGAGCUGGUACAAAGCCUGCAAGGUGGACAGCCCAACAGUCAAUACCACCCUGAAAAGCCUGGGGGCGCUGUAUCGCCGGCAGGGAAAGCUGGAGGCUGCUGAGACACUGGAGGAGUGUGCUACAAAGACACGCAAACAGGGGAUUGACGCUAUAAACCAGAGUAAGGUGGUGGAGCUGCUGAAGGACGGGGCGACAGGAGUGGGCGAGCGACGGCAGAGCAGGGAGGCCCUGAAUGGCCCGGGGGGGCCGCGGGGGGACUGCGAGGGCGACGAGGGAGGAGAGUGGAACGGGGACGGGAACGGCGCCCUGCGGAGGAGCGGCUCGUUUGGGAAGAUCCGUGACGCUCUGCGCAAGAGCAGCGAGAUGCUGGUGAAGAAGCUGCAGGGGAGCAGUGGCCCCCAGGAGCCCCGCAACCUGGGGAUGAAGAGAGCGAGCUCCCUCAACUUCCUAAACAAGAGCGCAGAGGACCCCUCCCAGGAGGCUAACGCCGGCCUAUCGGAAUGCAGAGGACUGAGCGCCAGCAAUGUUGACUUGUCAAGACGCAGCUCUCUGAUUGGCUGAAGCCAGGAAGUGAGGUGGGGCAGAAACAGGAAUGCUUCACUAGAAGGAUGUUUCCUGCCUGAUGUAAACAAAAUAUGCUGAAGAAAAAAAAUAUCCACACUCAUCUCAUUUUUUUUUUAUUUCAAAGCAAAAGGUAUUUAAAAAAAACAUGGCUUUGGCUUGACCCAGCUUUUAUGAUCAGUACAGGAAAGCUAUGUUUGCUUUACUGGAAUCUACACUGGAAGUGAUCAUACAAGCAUAAAUACAAAAAUAUAAAAUAGAAAGUAAUCCAGCAUGCUUCUUCCUAGACUUGGGGUGGAAUGUCUGCAAGGAAGACACUUAGUGAGCACUUUUGAGUCAUUACAUUGUGGCGAAAAUUGCUGGUUACCUGAGCCUUAUGCAGACACUCCAUCUCAAUAGUUAGAAUCAGAUUGCAAUGUAGAAAAAACAUUACAUAUAUAUUUCACUAAUGGCAUGUAUUACUGCGAAUGCUUACCACCUGUUUGACUGAUACCACCACCACAACAGACCUGUUUUGGAAAAAUACUGAUUUUCAAAAGGAGUGUCAGACGAAGGUUUGCUUUCACAAGCACCGAAAAGGAGGACGAGAUGAGAACUCAAUCUUUUUUUUUUUUUUUUUGGGGGGAUUACGAAAAAGAGUCUGUGUAUUAAAACAAAAAAGUGGAAUGGAAAAAAAAAAGCACUGCAUACAAUUGAACCUCACUUUUGCCUUCUAAUUUCUAUGUAUAUAUAGGGAUAAAUUAUUGAAUUUUUUUGAUUCUGUGUAUAUAGCGCACCAGAUUUUGUUGACACUUUAGACUUUAAAUAGGUUGUGGUGUAGUAUGCACUGGGAGGGAGGGUAACUAGUUUAAAAAAAAAAGACAUUGUGGGGCCCAUGUGGUUACAUAGUGAUCACCGUGACCGACGUCAGAGAAAGUAGAUGUAGUGUGCACAUUUAUAUUGCUGGAUUUGUCAUCUAUGCUUGAUAAGAGCCGAGUGUUAGUUUGACUCCUGGUACUGACCGCUGAGCGAAAAAUGCACUAAUGUGAACGGUACCUGAAUUAGUCUUGGACUCUGUUAUGUCUGUCUCUGAGCUCAUAGUGAAUCUGACACUUAAACUCACACCUUUACGCUUACCCAUUUCAACCUUUCUGCAAAUGGUCAUUUGUGUCUUUUUUUUUUUUGUAGAACUCUCAAUGCAUUCCAAUCGACUGUGAUUGGCUUUGGCAAGUCACAUGGAGUAGCUGGGCCAAUUAGUGGAAUGUUUUGAGCAAACAAAAAAAAAAAACAAGAUAGCUAGCCUACCAAGAUACAAGGAGUUGACCAGUCCCAAACCGCCUGGUCUCCUGGUUUAUGAGCGAGAUUUCUUUCUUUUCGAAGGCCCCUCUUCGUGUGCUCAGCUAUUGGUAUGCUGUUGCCAAAUCUGAACGUUAUGUCCAGCUUGUUUGUGUAAUGAGUUGGUGAUCCACCUGUUACCUGUAUUUCCACGCUGCACUUAAAGAGCCAGUAUUGACCAGCCACAGUCCCUGUCCCCUGUCACACUGGUGCCUUGUGAACUUGAUUGAUUAAACAAUGUGAACAGAGACACUCAUUACACCCCCCCCC